AUGCAUCUUCCUACUCUGACCCUGCUUUAUGCAGCAUCUGCCAUCGCAUCGCCUCUCGCGCUUCGCUCUGAGCAUGACGCUGCUGUCAUGCUGCCCGAGGAUGUGAUGGUUCUCACCAAGAACGGCACUGUCGAGGCCAUCAAGUCGACUGAGUGGAUCUCUACGCUUGAAGCCGCAGGAGUCCUACUUGAGAGGCCAGCUGUUGACGAAGCAUAUCUCAAUGCGACGGAUCGGCCUGCAGAGAUCUUCAGCUCCAAGGCAAACCUUGAGAAGCGACAAGCAAGCUGCGAUAAUACUUUCGCGGUCGUCACUGACACUACUCAGCGAUUCGUUGACUGGGACGUUCAAAUGUCGCCUGUAGUCUGCGCCGUGGGUGACAUGGAUAUCAGUGUCAUGAAAGGAUACACUGUCGCCAACGCGGUGACUGUCUCAGGAAGUGGCAGUCCGACCCUGAUUGCCAACAAGUUGACUGCACAGUUCGGAGUCCAGUUCCAGCGUACUUGGACAACACAGAGCUCUGUCACCACCAAGGGUACUGUCAAGGACGGCAACUGUGGUGUUAUGAUAACUCGUCCUUUGGUCACUCGUCGUUAUGGUCGUACCAUGCAAGGCUGUCCAGGAAGCUUCAAGCAAGUCGGGACUUGGAUGGCAGAUGAUCAUGGCAGUGGCAGCUACGCAGGUAUUGACUGGAUCUCGGGGGCAAUCUCUAUGUGUAGCAAGAAGCAGAGUACGCCCCCUCUUACUCGUUGUGAGGGAGCUGGCGAAUUCAACUGA